CCCCCCCCAAGCCCUCUCAAGCCCAACCAGAGGGGGACGGUGGCGGUGAGGCGGGAGCGACUUUCUCGGGGAUGAAGCUGGAAUUUGCACCUACUCCUGUUGUCAGGAGUUGGGAUUUUCACACAGUGAAAUCCAGCAUACAGCAAAACAGUAGGGCUCUGUGAAGGCUAAAAAAAUCAUUGGGGAAGGAAGAGAGUUAUUUGAGAAGAGGCAGACCAGCGCAGAUGUAGAUCACAGGGGAAGGGGAACUUCUUAAAUUUAGAUGGUUUUAGGUGUGGAGAGCAUUUGUGUGUAUGCUGUAUGGUUACUUUCUCUAUGCAUUGGGCUAGAUACACUGGUGAACAGAAGUCCCAGAAGACUGCCAUGUAGUAAGUCCCAAGGCCCGAUAGUUGUGUGCCUCCUCCAGGAGCAUUUUCACUGCUUGCCCAGGGAAGGAAAGUCUUUCAUUCCUCACCUGUUUGUGAGUCUGCUGAAAAGCAGCAGUUGCCAUCUGAAACUGAGGAAAACGGCUGCUGUUCCCACACAGGACUGAGCCAGGCCCAUCAGUGUCUCUCUAUGCUGACUGCAAGGAUGAAAGGAUGUAUGACCCUGCUUUGAGAGGAUGCCCAAGUCCAGGGUGACCAGAAGGAGAGUAGAUGCCUGGGGCUGUGCAUGAGAGUGCUGUUUUGUGCAGGCUGCCUUCUGGAUACCUGGCUCAAAAUGUGGCUCUGGCACCUACAGAAAGCUACGGCAGCGGUCAACGUGAAGAGUAAGGAUGGAGUGGGAAAGCCCUGCAGCAAAGGCUGAAGACUUCAGACAAGCCAGCCUUCCUGACACUUAGCUCUAACUGCUCUGGCAGGCCUGGCAGUGCAGCAUGAUUAGGAUGAGGAGGAAGAAACUGUGGGCAUCUUGCUUCUGCUUUGCAGCUGCCUUUUUCUUCGUGGUGACACUCCAGGUUAUCACUGAACUGGGCAAUUCAGAGAAUAAGGUGGCAGUAAUCUCCAGUUUACACAGUGGUCCAUUAAAGCCUGUGGAGAUACACGCUUUUCAGUUUAAGAAGCAGGAAUUUCCCAGCAGGUUCAAGACAGAGUCUGAUGUAAAUCACUAUCCCAUCCUGCUCUGGUGGUCUCCCCUGACUGGAGAGACAGGGAGAUUGGGUCAAUGCGGAGAGGAUGUUUGCUUCUUUACUAUCAACAAGACCUACCAGCACAAUCAGAUGACGAGAGCAUUUCUGUUCUAUGGUACUGACUUCAGUAUAGACAGCCUACCUCUCCCUCGUAGAGACUAUCAUGACUGGGCCCUUUUCCAUGAAGAGUCACCAAAAAACAACUACAAACUCUUCCAUGAACCGACCAUCACCUUAUUCAACCACACCGCAACCUUUAGCCGCCAUUCUCACCUACCGCUGACCACUCAGUACCUUGAGGGUGUAGAGGUCCUGAAGUCGUUGAGGUACAUGAUCCCACUGCAGAUGAAGAACAACCUGAGGAAGAGGCUUGCACCACUUGUAUAUGUGCAGUCUGACUGCAACCCUCCUUCUGAUCGGGACAGCUAUGUGCGUGAGCUGAUGUGCCACAUUGAAGUAGACUCUUAUGGGGAAUGUCUGCAUAACAGAGACCUUCCUCAACAUCUCAGAAAUCCAACUGCCAUGGAUGAUGGGAACUUCUAUAAAAUACUGGCACAGUACAAGUUCAUUCUUGCUUUUGAAAAUGCUAUCUGUGAAGAUUACAUCACUGAAAAACUCUGGCGGCCACUGAAGUUGGGAGUGGUGCCAGUGUACUUUGGGUCUCCCAGCAUUGUAGACUGGCUUCCUAGUAACAAGAGUGCAAUCCUGGUAUCCAGUUUUUCACACCCUCGGGAACUAGCCCACUAUAUCAAAAUGCUGGAUACAAACGAUCAAGAAUAUGAGUCCUACCUACGAUGGAAACUGAAAGGGGACAUUUCCAACCCAAGACUGCUUACAGCGAUGAAGGAACGGAAGUGGGGAGUGCAAGAUAUCACCCAGGACAACUACAUUGACACCUUUGAGUGCAUGGUGUGUAACAGAGUGUGGGAAAACAUCAGAAGGAAGGAAAAGGGACGGCUGCCUCAGAGAUGGAAGGCUCAGGUUAACCAUCUGAGCUGCCCCAAACCAGAGGCGUUCUGGUUCUCGUCUUCAAACCCUGGCUGGACUUCUCUCCAAGACAUGUGGAUACCAAGCUUUGAGCAAUCCAAGAAAGAAGCCUGGGCACUGAGGCACCUGGUGGAAAGGAACAGGAAUUUUACAGCUCAAGAAUUUUGGAUGCUAGUAUUCAAGGAAUAAACACAAUGACCUGUAAA